AUGGAAGAAGAGGAAGAAGGAGAGGAGGAGAAGCAGAAGGCAACAAGCGAUAAUCAGGCCGAAUCAACUGAGCCGGCUGCUGACGAACCGGGGACUUCGGCCGGCUCAGUCCGGUUCUACGAUUGCAUCUUCUGUAAGAGAGGUUUCACCACGGCUCAGGCAUUGGGCGGGCACAUGAACAUCCACCGGAAAGAUCGGGCUCGUUUGCAGCCUGCUGGGCCGUCGUCAUCCAGCCCAAAAAGAGGCGAAAAGGCCUACCAUCCUUAUUCCAGGCCCCAAAGCGGGCCUGUCUCGAAACAAACGGUGGAUCAGUCCUAUGUGGUUUACUUUCCGGUUUCAUCGGGGGAAGGCUUGAUGACGGAGCUGGUUCAGGCCGGCGAAGAGCUGCAGCUUGGGUUGGGCCGGCCAGGCCCGAAGGAGGAGGGGGAGGAGGGGAAGAAGAAGGAGGUGGUGGUUGAGGAGGAUUUGGAUUUGGAGCUCAGACUUGGUCAGCGUAAAUCUCAUGAUUCGUCAUCAUCAGAUUUGUAG